AUGUGUACAAGUUAUCUCAUGUUUACUCUAAUACUAUUUCAAAGCAUGCAUUUAGCAGUAUAAUGUUGAUUGUAUCAUAAAAGUUGACGUCUGUGAAGAGGACUGUGCCCUCAUCAAAAGAUAGCGGCUGGAACAUUUUGCGGUCGAAGGUCAAAGGUUGAAGCAAUCAGCGCUGAUGAAGAACACAUCUUCACAAUGAGUCAUAUAUGUGAUUGUUUUACGGUGCUGCUGUAAAAGAGAAAAAUGAAAGAUUAUGAGAUUAGAGACAACUGCUACGAACAAGCAGAGUACAUCAAGGUCCAGAGGGACCAGGUUGAAAGCAAGAUUAAAAAGGAUUUUGAGGUGCUUCGUCGCUUCCUGCAGCUUGAGGAGAAGGCCAAGUUGUCUGCUGUGAAUAAGGAAGAACAGAAGAAGAGUCAGAUGAUGAAGGAGAAGAUUGAGGCUCUCGACAGUAACAUUGCCGCUAUGUCAGAUGGGAUCCGAACCACAGAGGAGCAGCUGAUGUCUGACCAGGUUUCCUUCACGAAGAAAUACCAGGUUACGAUGACCAGAAUCCAAGAACUGUCCGACAAGCCCAGGCUGCUCCCAGGAGCUGUGCUGGAUGAAGCCAAACACGUGGGCAACCUCAAGCUCACCGUGUGGGAACGAAUGAAGGAGAUGGUCUCCUACAGUCCCGCGAUUCUGGACCCAAAUACGGCCGUUCCAGAACUCAGCCUGUCUGAAGAUCUGACCAGUGUGAGUUUUAAAAUAGGAGCGCAGCGUCCAAAGAAUCCAGAGAGGUCAAGCUUGGAAAAUGUGCUCGGUUCUGCUUUGGACUCGGGAACACACAUGUGGGAUGUUGAGGUGGGAGACAACACAGAGUGGGAACUGGGGGUGGCGUGAGGGAACUUUUACUGGGCAGAUUCCUGGUUGAUUUGGUCCAUUGAAUUUUUUUAAAGGCCAAUACAGAAUGUCUUUACAUACAUGGGAAGCCUCUUCUUGGCAAAGUAGCAUAUUAAAAAGGAUCACUGGAUUUCAUGAAGUGAAAUCCAAAAUGUUUCGACAAAAAUGUGUACCCUGAACUCAGCCAGUGAAAGUGCAAAGAAUCCAAGUUCGUGCGGACACUAACGAAAGAUCACUCUCAUUCUCUGAAUCGCUUACAAACAAAGAAUUACUCAAAGACAACUUUACCAAUUGGCCCCAUUUGUAAGGUAACAUGAAAAUGUUUUCUUACUUUUACACAAUGGAUAAAAUCCCUCUGAAGAUAAUACCAAUGAGACCUUGUGUUACGACUCAGUCAGUAAUGAUGUUGGAGAUAUUUUGCACCUGCAUUUGUUUUACACGUAGCGACCCCGAUCUGCAGAAUCAUGUUUUAUAACUUUAAUUUCAAAUAACAGAUUUUGUUGUGUGCAAUGGUCACCACCAGGUGUCACAACCUCCAUCCAAAAUGAUUAUGUACUUUGUGCUUGUAUCUGUAUUAACAGUUUCAGUGUAAUAAAAUCGAAAUGUGAAAUAAAUAGAUUUGAGAGAAAACGUUUGUGUAGCUUAUGAAGAUUGUUACAGUCCAAAUGAAGAAAGACAAUCACAUUAAAAAAAGACAAUAAAUAUCACACUAAAAAUAAUACUCUUACUUUGUUCUUGCCAUACCAGGCCAUUAAUAACAUCAAUAGACUUGUAAUGAACUUUAAUACCUUCUUUUGUUUAUUUAAUGUGUUUGUUCGGAUUUUAAAACAAGUGGAAGACUUUUCCAGGAAUUAUUGUUGCCAUUAAUACAUACUGUAAAUACAAUCAUUACAAUAAGAUCCUAAACACACGUUAAAUAUUAUUUAGUAUAGACAGUUAUCUUACCAAGUGAAAUAAAAGUGUCAAUAAGGCAUUUGUCUAGUUUAACAUGAGACGGUGCUUGGAGGGGCUGUAGGCGUAGAAUGGCAACCACGCUUUCCGCCACACUGCCCAGGGCAGCUGUGGCUACACAAGUAGCUUACCACCACCAGGGUGUCAAUGAAUAGUGCAUGCAAUUGUAAAGGAUCUUUGAGUGCCUAGAAAAGCGCUAUCAUUAUUAUUAUUAUUAUUAUUAUUAUUACUAUUAUGAAUACAUACAGACUGUACUUCUGUGUCACUACUCACUUAUCAUUAAUGCACAAUUUAUAUUGCCGUACACAUACUUUCUUCCAGCUGCCAGGCUGUCAUCAUCCAUGCACAAAUCACGUAAACCGGACCACUCCAACAACAAUAACAAACAAAUGAACCCAAAAUUAAUAAGUGUGUAAGGCACCUAAAUUAUAGAGAUGAACUUUUCCACCAACAAUGAAUAACUGUGGGGCCUUUUCUAUUUCAAACCCCAAUUCCAAAUAAAUUGGGAAGUUGUGUAAAAUGUAAUAAAAUACAUAUUGCAAUGAUUUGGAAAUCCUUUUUAACCUACAUUAAAUGUAAUACCCUAUAAAGAGAAGCUAUAGCUAUAGUUACAAAUGCAAGUUAAGUGAAGUUAUGCAUGCAAGUUUAUUUUGCUUCACUUGCAUUUGUCAUUUUUAACUUUUAUGCUUCACAACUCCCAACUUUCUUUCUUUUUCAGGAUAUUCCAAAUUGUUGUAUUGGCUAUACCCAGGGUUUGUGCGAUAGCUCUGAUCGAUUUUCCCUCUUCUCUCAGCUUCAAAAUGGUUUGCUCUUUGUCCCAUUGACAGCUCUCUGGUCUUCAUGUUAGCUUAAGAGCAAAUGCAGUUUUCACAGGUGAAAUCCAAAGCCAAAAACAAGCACUAUCUAAUCAAGCAAUCAAUCUAAAAGGCAACACCUGAGCAACUAGAACAUCCAGCAGUCACACGUUCCAAUAGUUUUGUGUGGCUUCAAACAAAACACACACAACACAUUUGACCUACUUUGUGAUACCAUGUUUUUUAAGUACAAUAAUGAAUCUGAACAGACUGCAACCUGCUUUAACCUGUUUUGUUCAACCAACUGUAGUGCCAUCAUGAUUGCAAGCAAUUCCACUGUAUAUACUGCUAAGUGAUCUGCUGCAUGAAUGGGGUCGCU